CAGUUCCCUGACCGCGCUUUCGUUUCCCAGAACGCUCCGCGGGAAAGUCAGGGUCGGGAUUUUGGUAGCUGAGCCCGAAGCUGCAGUUUCUACCGCAGCGGGCACUAAGUGUUCCCGGGGGCGCGGCAUCCACGCGGGGCUGGGGCGGCUCGGCGUCCCCCCCCCGCGCCCGCCUCCGAGAGCCCCCCGCAGUGUCCCGAGAAGGCUAGUGCCGGUCUCCGCAACCCGCGGAGCCCCAGGGACUGGCAGGGUCCCGGCGAGCGGUUGAUGUCGGUUGGUUUUCGGUCCCUGAGCCGCUGGGCAGAGUCCGAGGGGACGCAAUGGGGACCCCGGCCGACGGCGCCCGGGCGAGGCCGGAUGCCCAGGCGCCGCCCCUUGGCCGACGGGCGGACGGAGGGGCCCAGAGCCACCGCAGCAAUUAUAAUUGGAGUAAUGAUGACAGCGCACCCGACUGCAGCGCUUUACCGUUCACCGAGACCGCUUCCCACGUCUCUGAGUGAGGCUUCCUCAUCGCAUAUGAUGACAGGUAUACUUUGGCCUGUUUUCUGGGGCCUUCAGGAAAUUUCCUUUCCCACUUGGAAAGGAGGUAGGCUGGUUGGGACCCCUUUGCCUUACCCAGUGUUGGACCCAGAAGAAGAUUCUGAUAGAAACAGUCUUGUGCCUGCUUUGUGGAACCCUUCUUCUCUAUGCAGGAGAAGUUCUCUCACAGGUGCCCAGAGGCAAGGCAUUGUUGUCUUGGGAAACCCAAGUGUCCAGUGCCCAGAAACACAUGUGAGUGUCCAGAGCACAAGUCGGAAUUAGAUCAAUAUUGCGACUCAAUGUGGUGAUGGCUACAAGUCUGGGCUCCCAGGUCCAGGCCUCGGUGGAACCAGAGGGACUCCUGAUAGUGAAAGUGGAAGAGGAUUCCCCCUGGGAACAGGAAGCUCCUCGGCCCAAGGAGGACACCAACUCGGAGACUUUCCGUCAGCGCUUUAGGCAGUUCCACUACAGAGAGGCAGAUGGUCCUCACGAGGCUUUCAGUCAGCUGUGGGAACUCUGUUGUCGGUGGCUGAGGCCAGAGACCCGAACUAAGGAGCAGAUUCUGGAGCUGUUGGUGCUGGAGCAGUUCCUGACUGUCCUGCCUGGGGGCAUCCAGGGCUGGGUGAGGGAUCGAUGCCCAGCCAGUGGGGAGGAAGCUGUAGCCAUGGUGGAGAACCUGCAAAAGCAGUCCAGAAACCCACUGCAGCAGGAAGAGCCCUCAGAGGAGACGGAGACUCAGGGAGGAGAACAGGGGUCCUCAGGACUCCUGCUGGCACAGGGGGAGACCCAGGCCAAGGGGGUUUCUCAAGAGGAAGGGGCGUGGAGCCAAAACCCAGGAACAGAAUACCAGGAACAGAGGAGCCAUGGCUCUCAACCUGCUUCCAGGCUUCCUGCCCUUCUAAAGGAGGGGAGCACCAGAGAGAUGGUGGAUGCUUUCUUUUCCUCCAGAAUUCAUGGACCAGUGACAUUUGGAGAUGUGCCCUUUUAUCUCUCUCGGGAAGAAUGGGGGUGUCUGGAUCCUGCUCAGAGGGACCUCUUCUGGGACAUAAAACGGGAGAACUUUCGCAAUGUCUCUCUGGGUUUGGGGAUCAAGAGCCAGAGUGAGAAAGCUUCAUACCAGGCUAGUUUGAAAGAAGUAGAGCCAUUGCCUGGCAGAUCUGGAGGUGGCAUGCCCUGGAGCACAGAGGAGGGUGAAGUCUGGGAAGGUAAGAAUCGACCUGACGGAGAGCUGGGGCAGGAGCGCCCACUGGCAGUGAGAAGAGGACGCCCUCCCACACGUCAUAGACAGUUCCGAGAUUUGGCAGCUGAGAAACCCCAUAGCUGCCAGCAGUGUGGAAAACGAUUCCGCUGGGGCUCAGACCUGUCACGGCACCAGCGUACACACACAGGGGAGAAGCCCCACAAGUGCCAGGAAUGCGAGAAGAGUUUCCGCAGCUCCUCGGACCUUGUUCGCCACCAGGGUGUCCACACAGGUGAGAAACCUUUCACCUGCACCGAGUGUGGCAAGAGCUUCAGCCGAAGCGCGUACCUCACUGACCACCAGCGCAUCCACACUGGUGAGAAGCCUUAUGAGUGUACGGAAUGUGGCAAGAGCUUCUCUCUCCGCUCCUAUCUGCUGGACCACCGGCGAGUGCACACUGGCGAACGUCCCUUUGGCUGCAGCGAAUGUGACAAGAGCUUCAAGCAGCGGGCGCACCUCAUUGCCCACCAGAGCCUUCAUGCAAAGAUGGCACAGUCAAUGGGAUGACCAGCCCUUUCUCCAUGGAGGGGGAGAGGAGAUUCUGAAGGAAGGCAACAAAAGACUGCUUUGACCACCUAGCAUCGAUGAUGGGGACCGCCUGAGCACACCCCAAAAUGUCUGGAAGUUCCCCUUUCUGACUGAAGGUCAUUCUUGUCCCUUUACCAUCCCUUUUACCUUCUCAUCCUUCCUUUCCCUAAUAGUUAUGUUGCAAUGCUUCCUCCCACCUGCAGCAAAUAGUGACUUUAGUCAAACUCACAGGAAACUGGAGGCACUUCUAUUUCCCUGAUCCCUUUGAACUUCAUCUUCACAAACUUGUGUAACACAUGCAUCCAUCCAUCCAUAUUCCUCAAAGCCAAGAAAAUAAUUUUACUAUCUUUUCAAAUGUGUUUAUUUUUCCCUUCUCUUUUCUUUCUUCUGUAUUCCUUCCCAUCUUUCCUUUUUCAUUUUCACUUAAUAUUUCUGGAGCCUGGGAACAUAUACUAGUUUGAAAGGAUAAGGGCAUACAAAGAGAUGCAGGGAAGUUUAGACAAAACCCUUACCUCCCCAUACUCUGACCACCAUCCAACCUCAACACCAAUGGACCCCUAAAAGUUUCUGGCCCUGAUAAUGCUUUUAUCUCCUUCUGCUCUGGUAUCUCAACAGUCAAAGGAACCAGCCUCCUUCCAGUAGGGUAUAGCAUUGUCAAAGCCACCGUCACUCUCGUUAGUAUUAAUCUUCCUUUCCCUGUUGACCUGUAACUUCUCGGAGUGGGAAGAGGGAAAGGAAGUGGUCUGUGAAAUAAUCAAUGGAAAGGUAUGGGGUGAUGGAGUGGGUGUUCUUUCCCAACCUCCUUCCCCUUUACUCCCUAAUUCUGGCCCAGUCUCACUUGCUUCCUUUAGAGCAUUUUUUAUUCACACAGAAGUGUAUUGAAUGUCUCUGCAUCUCUAGUGUCUUGAGGACUGAAGUAGGCUCUAGGUAGAGCCUUGUCUGGUUUGGGAAGGCUUCCAUUGGGGAUUUCAGGCUUUGGGAUCUUUGAAGGAGGUUGAGGAAGGCAGUUCUUAAUCGUUCUCUCUUCUGGAGGCUACUGAGAAGAGUGUCUCCGGCAUGAUCUCCAUCUCUCCUUCCCCUGCCUGAGCACCUCAUGACCACUGUCUUCACCUUCUUCCCUUAAAUCCUGCCCCAACCUAGAAGACAGUUGUAACCCUUAAUGCUCCCUGGACCAAAGAAUCCCUUUCACAUUUCCAGAGAACUUCUGCCUCCCAGACCUGUCUGUCCUUACUUCUGUGGCUGUCCUUUGUAUCUUCCCUAAAUUCUCCAUAUUCUUCCCAGGUGAUUAAGAGCCCGGCAGGACUAGUAGAGUGACCCUUGAUCUAGAGGGGAAGGAAAGUACACUCUAAUUGAUACUCCUGGGAUCUUACUAGCCUUUAAAAAAAAAAAUUAGUACCACCUGACUGACAUUUUAGCUAUUCCAUUUCUCAUAUUUUAUGUGAUUUUGUUCAAUUUUGUAUUUAUAGAUUUUUUUUAUUAUAGAAAUAGUCCAUGGAGUGGAUGAUAGGGGCACUUGGAUUUCUUAAAAGAGAUAAGACUGUGGGUGUUCUUUUACAGAGGAGACAAGGAAAGGUCAAAUAAAAAUGGAAAAAAAUUC